AUGUCUUCGUUAUUACCCACACCAACAAUCCCUCCGACAGCCGUGGCUGCAGCCCCCACGACUACCGCCCCAACUACCCCCUACGACCCAGACCAUCCAGGCGAAUGCCGGUUAAUGGGCCCGUUCGCCAUCCUAGUGCAACUCGCCCUCGGCGCGCUGGCGUUGCUGUCGCUUGUCUACAAACGCUGGCGCGAGCGGCCCCAGAGGCCCAUCAAAGUGUGGUUCUUCGACGCCAGCAAGCAGGUGUUUGGCAGUGUGCUGGUACAUGGCGCGAACGUAUUUAUGUCGCUGCUAACGAGCGGGAAGGUGACGUUUACGGUUGCUGGAGCUCCCAUGGGUGCUUCCGGGGGGGACACAAGGGGACAAAUGGCUGUACGGACCGUCGAGGCCGUCGCUGUUGUCGCUGCUGCUAGGAUGAGGAGGGCUAUGGAGCUUGGAUGGGGGCAGAUGGUUGUGAGGAGGAUUGUUGCGAGGGUAGCGGGUGCGGACGAGGGAAGUGGUGAGGACGGGGAUGAAUAUGUGCCAAAUCCGUGCUCCUUGUACUUGUUGAAUCUCGGGAUUGAUACAACCCUGGGAAUCCCAAUUCUCAUCCUUAUCCUCCGCAUCGUUACCCGUCUCGUGGCCCUUACGCCACUGGGCAACCCCCCUGAAUCCAUCCAAAGCGGUAACUACGGCACACCACCCAACGCUUGGUGGUGGUUCAAGCAAAGCAUUAUCUACUUCUGCGGGCUCAUGGGUAUGAAAAUAUGCGUACUCAUCCUCUUCAUGCUGCUCCCCUGGUUGCCGCGCGUAGGCGACUGGGCGCUCGGCUGGACCGAGGGCAACGAAAAGCUGCAAAUUGUUUUCGUCAUGAUGCUUUUCCCCGUCAUCAUGAACGCCCUACAGUACUACAUCAUCGACUCCUUCAUUAAGAAGAAAAUUACGGCAAGUGAAGCCGAUGCCGCCAUCGUCGGGGACGGUUCCUCCCGCGCUGGAGCAAGUCAUCGUCACCAUCGCCGCCGCCGCGAUGGCCACUCGAAUGUCGCGUAUGAAGAGCUGGCCGCCGCAUCAUCGGAUGAGAUAGACGAUAGUAGCGAUAGUUACUGCGAUAUGAACGAUGAUGAUGAGCCGGACGAUGCACAGAAACACCACCAGCGCCGCUAUCGGCGAAAUGGCCAGCAUCACAGGAAAAGUAGCCGUAAAACUUCGUCUUCCCACUUACUGCUGAAGAAGACGAGGACGAGGAGCAGCAGUAGCAGCGGCGGUUCGUCGUCGAUCACGACUGUGACUCCAUGCCUUAACGAUACCAAUACCAAUUCUAAUGGCCCCGUUGAGUACGACCCUGCUGUAGACGGCGACAGCCACACCGUCAUCGGUAGCGGCCGCAGCCACGACGUCCAAAGCCGUGACACGUUCCCGAAGGAGUUGCUUAAUGCGGAGUGA